UGGCAUCAAGCAUAUAUAGUGGUCUUCCUCUGCAGAGGGAUGUGAAAGGGGGAAAAGGCUGCUUGCUAGACUAGAAUAACCAGGGGGCUCCACAAGUAUAUCUGCUGCUGUUCAUCAAUAUGUUCCCCAUCAACAAACCACAGGAGAGCUCCAGCGAGCAGCCUGCCUGAGCCUGGAUGCUGAAGAGUGACGGUGGGGCCAGUGCUGCUGCUGUCUUUUGGCUGCUGCCGCCGCCGCGGCCACUGAGCAGAUACCGCAGCGAGGGGUCUGACCGCGCGGAGUGCUCUGGGAGCUGGGUCUGGCUGGGAAUGAGAAGUUAAGAGAGUGAGGGCUGGGAGGUGAGCCCCACUCAUCCAGGAGCUGCAAAACAAAACAAGCAAUUAGGCAGCAAAAGGAGAGAAAAGGUGAGCUUAAGCCAAGGUAUCAGGCCAAGUGGAACUGGAGGAAAUGUCAUCAUUGGUAAAAGAGGACUUGGAGAAGAAACUGUUUACGCCACUCUCGCAGAAUCUGUACGAGUUUAUCGAAAUAGAGUUCUCGGUCCAGGACAGGUAUUACCUCUGUGUGUCAGUGACCAAAAAUGAAGAAGUAAAAAUAAUUAUGGUGAAACAUUACAGAAUAGGUUUAGAUGAAAAAUAUGAAGUAACAAAAAAGUGGUCUUUGAAUGAUCUACAGAUGAUUGAUGGAAAAGAAGCAGAUACCGACAAUCCAUUUUUCGAUCUGCACUUCAAGAAAGUGUACCGUUUGGAAGCAUAUAGUUGUGCUUCUAAAUAUUCCUUUGCUCGAACUGUAAAUAAGCUGAACCAUGCAUAUCUUAAGAAGGACUUACAGAUCGUGAACUUUGAUUCUACUUACAUUAAUGACGACUCCAUUUGGUCCUCUAACAACAAGGAUUGUUUGGUUCUUAUGAGAAUAUGCUUUUAUGCUUUCAAUCUAGUGUGCCUAUCUCUGUGUCCCCUGCCACUCUGAAAAUGUAUACCAUAUUCCUUCAUCAGUAUUCUAUGAAAGUAGUUUCCUAAGUAAAUAUUUUUAGUCAUGACUUUGUUUUUUCCCCUUCACCAGUGACUGUUAUUUAUAUGAAAACAAAGUGAUGCUUUGUGAAUUGCAGUGCAAUGUGUUUUAGUGCAAUCAUUCAACAUUUGGGACUUUUGUCUAUGUGUUCCUUGGUAACUUUGGAAAGAGUCAGAUAAUUUUGACUGAAUGAGUAUUCUACCAAAGAGUAUCAGGAAGUAUCUUAAAAGGCAUAAUAUAUGGAAAGACAUCCCAUAUCCAUGGAUAGGAAGACUUUAUAUUGUCAAGGGGUCAUCCCCAAAGCUCAUCCACAGAUUCAAUACAAUCCCUAUCAAAAUUCCAAUGGCUUUCUCUCUUUUUAUUUUUAUUUUUUUUGCAGAAAUGGAAAAGCAAUCCUUAAAUUUAUAUGGAAUUGCAAAGGGCUCUGAAUAGCCAAACAAUCUCAUAAAAGAAGUACAAAGUUGAAGGACUCACACCUCCAAUUGAAAAACUUACUACAAAUUUACAGCAAUCAAAGGAGUGUGGUACUGGCAUAAGGAUAGACAUAUAGACCAACGGAAUAGAAUUGAGAGCUCAGACAUAAACGUAUCAUC